UCUCGAAAAAUAUGUCAGUCUGAAUCCGAUCGCUUUACAUUCUGGUACGGAGAAAAUAUCGCUAACAAUAAAAAUUGAAGAAAAUUCUACUGUGAAAAAGUGGUGUCUGAUAAUUCUGAGAAUAUUAGUCAUUGUGCUGUGCAACUUGUAAUUCAUUAAAUUACGGAUUAAUUUUGUUCAACCACUCUUCUUCUAAUUCAAACUUCUUAAGAUGCCCCAAGCUGAGGGCGGAUAUGUAUCAUUAAAUAAUGGACCUAAUUCGGUGUAUAAUACCACAACCGAACCGGCUGGGCCAAAGUCAGUAUUUGAGUCUGUGAAACGUGUAAUUGGCCAAGCAAUUGGCAAUGGGCUUGAAGACGAUGCAUUGCUCAACUCCAAGGGUACGCAACCAUUUAUAAUUAGUGCAAGAGAUCGUGAAAAACUGGGUAAACCGCUAAACGGAAGGAUGCCAUCUGCACCAGCACACACAGCCGAAGAGGCACGACUACUCGGCACUAUGCCAGUAGAUCCAAUGGAUGACAUCGAAUUACGUUCCGUACAACUACAAUUUCCCAACGGGCGAGGUUCACUAGAAGGAACAUGUGACUUACGUCGAGUGGUUACAGAUAAAGGUGACAUUCUAGUGGCCGUGCAGGGCGAUACAGCGAAACCAGCUAUACUGACCUAUCACGAUUUGGGACUUAAUUAUGCCACUAGUUUUGCUGGAUUUUUUAACUAUCCAACAAUGCGUGCUCUUCUAGACAAUUUUUGUGUUUACCAUGUUACCGCGCCUGGACAAGAAGACGGAGCACCUACUUUACCGGAGGAUUACUUGUACCCGACAAUCGAUGAAUUAUCUGCACAGUUACUAUUUGUGUUAUCUCACUUCGGAUGCAAAAGUGUAAUUGGUUUCGGGGUUGGCGCUGGUGCAAACAUCUUAGCAAGAUUUGCUCUAAAUAAUCCAGAUAAAGUUGGUGCACUCUGCCUUAUCAAUUGUAAUUCGACUCCAUCCGGUUGGAUUGAAUGGGGCUACCAAAGUUUUAAUGCAAGAUAUUUAAGAUCGAAAGGAAUGACACAAGGUGUUGUAGACUACCUAAUGUGGCAUCAUUUCGGUAGAAAUCCAGAGGAACGAAACCAUGACUUGGCUCAGAUGUACAAAUCCCAUUUCGAACGAUCUGUUAAUCCAACGAAUUUGGCUAUGCUUAUCAACUCUUACAUUCAUCGAACUGAUUUACAAAUUGCCCGUACACCGUCAGGUUCGCCACAGGCAGCAGCAACACUAAAAAUGCCUGUUAUUAAUAUCACAGGAGCAUUGUCACCCCACGUUGAUGAUACAGUCACUCUAAAUGGUCGUUUAGAUCCAACGAAUUCGUCGUGGAUGAAGAUAUCGGAUUGCGCAAUGGUAUUAGAAGAACAACCUGGAAAAUUGGCUGAAGCUUUCAGACUAUUCCUUCAAGGCGAAGGCUACGCUUCAACAACCACUGGCAAAUUUCAUAAUCCAAUGAACGGCAACCAAAUUUUUUUAUCACAACAAUUUGACGACAUCAAUAAUGGUAAUUUGUGUCCAUCAUCAGUUGGCAUUCAACCAACGACAGCAACGGACGGCGAAGAAAAUGGCAAUAACCGGAAUCGAAACAAAACCGAAAUACGGAUCACUGAGAAUCCAUUACCUGAAACUAUUGUAUGCUAGAAUAUGGGUAGCAGUUGUAGGCCUUUAUGGACCAAAAAGAAAUACCGAAUUGAGAAAGUUUUUACGUAAAUCUAAUUGCGAUUUCAUUCAAAUUAUUUCUGCAAUUGUGUUGCUUUUUUUGCAGGGUAAAUUUGUCAAGAUCCUGCUUUAUGUUUCAAAGAGUCAUGAAAUUGUUGCAAGCGAUCAAUACGGUUUUUUUACUCGUUUCUUGACACUGGCUGGUAGAAUUAUGGUAGACUUGACUUUUUCGUCUUUUAAGCCGUGGCUAGGGUUGCAGCUGAUAAUAACAUUGAAACUACACAAAGAUUGUAGACGGAAACAUUGUUUAAUAUUAGUAGAGAAUGUACUGAAAUAUUUUUCAGUGAACUGUGAAUACAUGGUAAAACUCUAAACUCCAUCAAAGGAUUACUUUAAAAAUCAUCCAUGGGAUGACAAGUAAUUUAAUUGUCAUCCAAAAAUCAGCACGACUUGACUUCAAAACCAUUAUUUCAUAAAUUAUCUGUCCAGAAAAGGUCCUGAUGGUUUCAAUUAUUCAUACAUGUCUUCCAAAUGUGGACGGGACUUACAUAUCAAAAUGAUUUUGUUCAAUGAGUACUAACUUCUCAAGACUAUCAAUUUUUUGGUGUCUAAUUGUAUCAAAAAAAAAAUUAUCAAAAUGUUAACAAUAUCGGUUUUUACAAUUUUUUCCCGUACUGUAGGCUAGAGGAAAUGCUUUUUAUCUCUGGUAGUGAUGUAGGAUAGUAGUUCAUAUUCACUAGUGAAUGAAAAAGUAAACAUUCAAAUCUAUAACACUAGAUUGUAAAACUCAAUUUCAUUGACUCUUGAUACUUUGGAAUCUCAGGCUUUAGGUACUUAAAAAUUAAUUUUUAAACAAAUUGACAUUCAUUAGCUACUUUAAAAAAAUAAAAACUGUUAAAAUGUUCACAGAUGCAAUAUUUGAAUAACAUAUGAAGCUUAUAUAUAAUAAAAGUUCCAUUCCAAAUGAGUGCAUUCUGAACAGCAAAAAAUGUUUUAUUCACUAAGCCCCUGGAAAAUGCGUCGUUACUACAUUAACGUUAAAAUUCAAUUCCCGGGGGCUUAGUGAGUGAAACAACUUACGUAAUUGUUUGGAACUUUGUAUUUUGCCUUACGUGGUUGCGUACUCGAGCUGCAAACGUCACAAUUGACAAAAUAAGAAGUUCCAAACAAGGACGUAGUCUACUAUUUUUAGUAUGGUGUUUGUAGAGAGCACUGCCAUCUUGUUAUCUCUAGUUGUACAUCUAAAGGUUACUCUUUAACCUGUUACAGACGGGUGUCAUCUGUUAUCGACAAAGACAGUAAUAAUAAACUACAAGCUCUGACUAAAGAGGUCUUAUAUAGCGAAAAGCAUGUUCAAAACAAAUGAAGUAAAAGAUUUCUGAGAUCAAUCAAAUGAUGUAAUAGACCAGAUAGUAAAACUGUUACU